AUGGCGAAACUACCGACCUCCCUCCUCCCAAGGAGGUCGACCUCUCUCCUGACAUCUUCAUGUCGACCAACAACCACCAGCGCUUCGGCGCAGCCAAAUCUCCCCAUACAGAGCUCACAAGUGCGACACGCCACGAAGAUCCACCGCCCGCGGAGGCCGUACCAGUUCACACAGCUCGUACAGCUCAGCGACGGCAGCACGUACACGGUGCGCACGACCUCGCCGAUGGCGCUCUACAAGUCCACCAAGGACAGUCGCAACCAUCUCAUGUGGCAGCCGACCGAGAAGUCGCUGCGCAACCUCGAGGUCGACGAGGCAGGAAAGCUAGCGGCUUUCCGUGAGCGAUUCGGCCGCUCUUGGGACGUGGCGGACGCUCCCGGUGCAGAAGAGGCUACCUCUUCGUCAGACAAGAAGAUCGAGUCGGCAGAGCCGGCGAAGGCACAGGACCCAAUCGAUAUACUAGGCGACCUCAUCAGUGGAUAUGCGGCGAAUGAUCCGAAUGUAAAAGCUGGUGGCAUGAGUGCGAAGGAUCAGGCGAGAGCGGACAAGUCAACAAAGAAGAAGAAAUAA